UUCUAUAUUCCAUGUAGUCUCUCAGUUCAUAUGAACACAUUAAAACUCCAUUUAUAAUACAAGAAUUUGAAAAAUGUUGUUUACAAGAGUACAAAACAACGUGUUGAAUGUCACACCGAAGGAUACAUACUGCUUGAAUGGCAUGUCAACUAUCCGCUCACAGGUGUGGAUUAUUUUUUAUGAUCAAGAAUCUCUGUAAAGUCCAGCUGGUAUGGAGGUGGUUCAUUCUCCCCCUGAGACUUUCUCCAGGAGUGUAAAGAAAAAAACCCUGCUGCCUCUCAGCCAGCUACUGGAGGACACCAGAAAGAGUGGAAAUGUCCAUCACCUUCUGGAAACUAGGGUGUUUGCCAAACUGAAGAGUAACAGUGUAGUUCAGGCUGAACCAUUAGAACUGCAUUUCAGCGGCUUUGAAGUAGGAAAGGAUUACAGGAAGAUUCUGAAACUUGUCAAUGUAUCCUUGGAGGUGCUCAGUGUCCACAUUUUACCCCCUUUGACAAAGCAUUUCCAAAUUAAGUACACCAAAAAGUGCCGACUGGUUCCGGGUCUUGCUUACACCGUAACAGUGAACUUCCAGCCAGAUGAGUGGCAUUACUUUUCUGAUAACAUCAGGAUUCAUUGGAAGGGAGAGGAGAACUUACUUGUUCCUGUUCAUGCAUAUCCUAUUAUCAACGAUCUUCACAUCCCAUCUCACAUUACUCUUCCCCCAGUGCCACUUGGGCAGAGUGCCAGUCAUGUGAUUCCACUUAGCUGCAGUUAUCCAAUAGAUUUUGAGUUCCAAGUGCACUGCCUUCAGAUCCAUAAAGCUUUCACUGUCAAACCACUGUCGGGGAUUAUUCCGGCAAAUGGAAAGACAUUUGUGACAUUUACACCUCUGCGAUACGGUACAGCUGAUAUCACACUGCAGCUGGUCAUCUCUCAGUUCAACUCUAAACCUGUCAUCUUCACAGUGACGGGUUCCUCAUCUCCAUACCUGCUGCCCAGUAAACCUGAAGGAAAUGGCGAAGAUGAUGAUAAUUUGGUUGAAGAGCAGAAGACUUCUGAUGGAAAAUCUCCAGCUGUUACUUCCCAUUAUAAGCUUAAAACGACUCCCUCCUGGGAGAAGGGUAGCAAGAAAAAGCCUUGAUUCUGGUUGAAUUUAUCAUGUAAUGAUGGACUUGUUAAAAUGCUUCUCCAGCCACAAGACAAAAUGAGUUACAAGGACCUCCGGGAGGCCAUGUCCUAUACCAAGGUUGCAGACCAGACAAGAGAGAUGAAAGAAGCUGCAUUUUUAAAGAAGGUCCAACAAAAGGAGAAAACCAAUCAUAUCUGCUGGCAAGUUGAUCUGGGUGAUGACCCAUGUUCAACAGAACAGAAACUUACAAUUUUAAAGGAGCAAGACAAGGCACUUGCUGCAUACAAACUAAAAUACAGUGGUGAGUCAGUGUCCUUUUCAAGAUCUUCAACUAAACUUUCCUCACGGCGAAUUUUGCGACAUGUUGGACAGCUCCCAGAAUGCACUGCUGUUUUCAGCAACUAUGGUACUGGCCAGCUGGAGGUCAGACAGAGAGCGCUCAGACUCUUCCAGCAGGCUGCUCGAAAGGUUGUUCUUCAAUGUCGUAUGAACAACAGACUGGUGUCACUAAGAGAGCUUGUUCACAAAACCAGGAGUCUGCAGGGAGACAAAGAAUCAGAUGAGAAUGAGAAGCCAUGUCUUUUUAAGCUGACACCAGAGAAACUUCUGCCCUUCACCUUUAAUACAUUUAUACCUGAAGACAAACCUGAUGAACCCGCUGUGAAUGCAUUGGGCCAUGUUCCUGUGAGAAUGCCUGAAGCGGAUAUGAAACUCACGAUUCCAUUAUUCAGUCUAAAGGUACGGGAAGCAAAUCCCCAGCAUUACAGACUGAUGGGUUAUCAGCCAUUAUCUGUUUGUGAUGCAGCAGCAACAUGUAUUCCUCCUGACCUGUGUAGGACAUUACGCACCGGAGCACAGGAUGAGCUGUUGCCUGUGGUGACAUGUACAGCUGUAGAUCUCAGUGAAGAUGAGGAAGAUAAGAAACAGGAGGAAGAUGAUGGAUCAGAUCAAGAUUUAUGUCCCACACUUAGUUUCAGUGCUCCUGAAGCACUCCUCAGAUCACCCAACGCCCACCCUCUCCGGAUCUUUAAUCCUGCGCCACAUGUUUAUGCCUUCAAACCAGCUCCGCUUUACCUGGAGUCUGACCUGGACUUUCAUUUGUGUCCACUGCCACGAUACACUGUCACCAAAGGCAAUACCAUAGGUGUGCAUGUCCCUCCAACUCAGAAGAAAUUUCUAGAUAGAAAGGAUAUAAUCAAAGGGAUUAUGGCCUGGAAGAAGUUUCCCUCUGUUUUCUUUAUGUGUUUUUGA